UAAUCUCAUUUCUCUGCUUCUUCUUCACUGAGCUCUCUACAGCGAACAAAGCAAAUUCUUUAAUCCUUCUCUCUCUCUCGCUUUUUGGUUUUCCAGAUCAAGAAGCUUUUUCCAACGUUAGUUUCUUUCUCAAUUCGUUUUUGUUUUUAAUAAAAAGAUUUGUUUUUUAGAACUGGGUUAAUCCAUUCUUUGAUUCUUACGAUUUGUUCCUCUGAAAUUUUUGUUAGUAGCUGAGUUCUCCUUUAGAUAUUUUUUUGAUCUGGUGUACGUCGUUCUUCGAUUAGGGUUUCGAUUUAUUUGCUUGAAUUCACUUAUAGAUCUGUCUCCCCUGUAAAAUGUUAAUUAGGUAUGAACAAGUUUUUUUUAUUUAUCUCUCUUGUAAAAACAGAGAAAACAGAAUAAAAACAAUGGCAGCAGCAACAUCAGCUUCUUUGUUUUCAAUUGGAUCUUCUUACUCGUCUAAAGUCAGCUCCUUUACACCACAGUCUAAGGCACAAGCUGUGAACUUUAUUGUGUAGGGACCUGAGACGAAGUGGAGUUUAUAAUGACGCUGGUUGUUCCUGUUCUCGUAUGUCUGGUUUAGCCUUAUUUUAUGAUUUCAAACUAUAUUUAUAUGUGAAUUCAUUAUCUUCAUAAAGUUGGUACCAUUGUGGGAGUGCGUUGGUUCUUCUAUCUUAUCCUCUCAUGCAAAAGGCUGGAAAAAUUCAGGGCUCGUUAGAGUUUUCCAGGGAUCGCUCUAAUAGAAGCGAUAUUGAGCCAGGACAUGGCCCAGGUAACUCUGGAGAUCUCGGGCUCUCUGGUUUCUUCAAAAAGGUCCAAGAAAUCGAAAAGCAAUAUGAGAAGCUUGACAAGCAUCUCAAGAAGCUUCAAGGGGCACACGAGGAGACGAAAGGCGUCACUAAGGCUCCUGCUAUGAAAUGUAAACCUUAACCUGCAACAGGUAAAAACCUCUCCGAGUCUUUCUGUUUCAUUGGUGGCUAGGUCCGUGAAGUUAAACCUGAUGUGCUUCUUGGUUUAUCUGCCGUUGGAGGGUUAUUCUCAAAAGAGGUUUUAGAAGCCAUGAAAGGUUCAACCUCGACAAGACCUACUAUUUUUGCAAUGUCGAACCCUACAAAAAACGCUGAAUGCACGCCUCAAGAUGCAUUUUCUAUAUUAGGCGAGAAUAUGAUUUUUGCAAGUGGAAGCCCAUUCAAGAAUGUGGAAUUUGGGAAUGGUCAAGUAGGACAUUGCAACCAGGGAAACAUGUACCUAUUUCCGGGUAUUGGACUUGGUACUCUUCUAUCUGGUGCUCCCAUCGUCUCGGAUGGUAUGCUUCAGGCCGCAUCUGAGUGCCUAGCAGCAUACAUGAGCGAAGAAGAAGUGCUACAGGGGAUUAUAUAUCCUCCAAUAUCAAGGAUACGAGACAUAACAAAAAGAAUAGCAGCUGCGGUGAUUAAGGAAGCGAUUGAGGAGGAUCUGGUCGGCGGAUAUAGGGAAAUGGACGCUCAAGAGCUCCAAAAGCUUAAUGAGUAGAGAAUAUAAAGACCUCUCUUUGGUCAGCUGGUCCGCAGACAGUAGAAUGCUUUUGAGUGGCAGUAAAGACUCUACUCUCAAGUUUCUAAAUAAGAAAGUUUGGUACUCUCAGAGAUAUGGGAAAUUAGGACGAAAAAGUUAAAACAAGAUCUUCCAGGCCAUUCCGAUGAGGUUUACGCUGUGGAUUGGAGUCCAGAUGGUGAGAAAGUAGUUUCUUGUGGUAAAGAUAGAGUUUUGAAGCUAUGACAGGGUUAAGAUGGAAGAGCAUCGUGGAGCUCUUUCAACUUGUUUGGUUUCUGCACUUCAAUGCUUCUUCUCUAUGGGCUUUUUGAUCUUAUGCUUAGUUAAAAAAACCUCUUUGUUCUUCCCUCCAAUUGUUAUAACUUUUAUAUGAAGGUAACAUUAAAGCCUUUUUUUACAUUAGCUAUUACAUGAAA